CCUGCGAAACCCAAUGCCUGGACAUGUAAAAGGAUCACUUAGAUGCCAGGCCCAGAGCCCCACUUUAGGGCACACACUUAUUUUUUUAUUUCUCUCCAUUCAGAGCAUUGUUUCUAAGCAACAGAAGAAAGCUUCAGCUUUGUGUGAAGCAGUAGCCUAGUUUCCUUCAGCUGCAGCAGAGGCAAAGGAGAAACAACAGCAUCAAGAGUGAAUUCCAUCCUAAAGCUACCAGGAAAUAGAGCAGUUCCAAAGGCCCAAUCCUUUUAAUCACCGUUGUACAAGACAGAGAGUCUGACGCAGCUGGAUCUUAGUACACGGUCUGGAUUGCGGCAGCCUCCCCACCAACUAGAACACUCCUCCCCCAUCCAUGGAAAGGAAACGCCUAAAAAAAAAGAUUGAAAAACUCUUGGGAGAUUAUGUUGGCAUCAGACUUCGGGAAAAUGAAUUCGACCCGAAAGGAAGACAGCAGCCCACCUUUCUCGAUGAUAUGGCUCAUUACAACUUGGCCAUCAAUGUUGCUUUACUGUGGCUGAAUGAUCCAGAAGCCCAAAGUCCUUUGGCAGGAGGGAAAAGGAAUUUGCCACUUCACAGCCGAUACAUCUAUCCCAACCGAACUGAGAGAGAAGCCAUGAUUUUAUCAUUUUAUGCCGGGACCUUAAUGAACAGCAUCCCCAUUGAAGACGUCUUUGGGAUUUACAGCAUGGGGCCCUCGGCAACACGCUGGUACCGCUCUGCCAAAGGUCACCGGAUUCACCCUUUCAACCUCUCUUUGCAUCCUUUUGCCAUGCUGACAGCCCCGAAAGCUGCAGAACAUGCCUGGAAACAGAGUGUCAAGUUUCAAAAGGCAGCAGCAAAUCAACAUGCCACCACCAAUUCAACAAGAACAAAUAAGGACUGCAAGCGAUCAGAAUCUCCAUCAACAGCAAAAAAGCCAGACAACAAAGGGGCUAGAAAACAGUUUAAGCAAGGAAUCUUUCCAGAGGACCUUGCACCGAAGAGUGGAAGGGAAGCAGAGAUGUAACAAGAAGCCAGGUCUCAUGUAGGGUGACCAGACAGCAAGUGUGAAAAAUCGGGACAGGGGAUGAGGGGUAAUAGGCUUCUAUAUAAGAAAAAGCCUCAAUAUCGGGACUGUCCCUAGUCUGGUCAUCCUAGUCUCAUGACUCUUACCGAAGACAGUGGUGUGCAAUUCAUUUUUGAGAGUGGGGGAGGUUUAGUCCCUAGAUUUUGGUGAGGCGGGUGUGCUACUUUUGUAUUUGAAUGGCUUUUUUAGCCCCCUUGGCUCUGUUAUGGAAACAGGCUGCCUACCUCAAGAUGGAGCACAUUAUCCUCCUGUUCAUCUUCAGUGUUACUGUUCCUUUCCAUAUUAGUUGCUAUUUGAUUUCUUGAAGGAACAAGCUAAAGCUAGCAGUUGUACCCCUAGUUUUCAACACAGCUUUCAUAUUGUUGCCUAGCAUUUCUCCAUCCCCUUUUCUGUAUCUUUAAUAGCUCACUCCCAUGCUGAUGUAGGCCCUGAUUCAGCAAAGGCCUUUAGCACGCUAACAAGAUCAUCUCUGUUCAGCAAAGCAAGUGCUUAAGUCCCAUUAAGUCAAUGGGGCUUCAGUGCUUUGCAGAAUCAGGAUGCCUUGCUCAAUCAGGGCCACGGGGCCUGACCCAGUUCCUACUGAAGGCAAGGAGAGGUUUUCAAUUAACUUUAAUAUGAGUUAUAUUAGGCCCAAUCUGAGUAGAAAUUCUCAUUGAUAAGGGACGUUUCUGAUACUAUGGACAGAGUGAUAUAGUUAUUCUUUAUAUUUUAUCUUGCACAUUAAAAUUCUAUAGGGUAAAAAACAAAUGACUGAGUAGCCAGAAGAUAUCCAUCAGUACAGACAAUUGUCUCUGAAGUGCCUAGCUAUGCUGAUGUGUCGUACAGUUGUAUUAAUAUAUGCCCCAGGCCUGGUAUUGUAUA